UCUAUCGUAUUCAGUGAGGCUUGUUUAGUCAGGACUGUUCUGCUUGGAAAUCAGGUUUCAGAAAUGAUAAAUUAACAGUUAAUCCUACAAUCAACUAAUAAUCAGAUUUCCCUGUUUGUACUUUGCCAUUAUCUCUAUGUCAUUUGAAAAAGGCUCAGAUGUCUUCCAAACUAACUGCAGUCCUUCAAGAAUGGGAGAGUCUAGAAACGGAUUUCCAACAACUCCAGGAGUCACAUCAGCUUUACAUGCAGAAGCUGGAUGAAGUCUCCAAGCUCCAGAACAGCUUUAGUGCCUCUAUAUCUCGCCAGAGGAAACGCUUAAAGGACAUGUCUCGUUCUCUAAAGACAGUCAGUAAGGGAUUAACAGAAGAGGAAACAAAAAGUGUGGAAAAAAUGAAGGGAUGCCUUAAGGAGAGGCCUGCCAUUUUCCUUCAGAUGGAGACUUUCCUUCCAAAGAAAAAUGGGUUAUAUCUCAGUCUUGUGCUUGGGAACGUGAACGUCAAUCUUCUAAGCAAGCAGUCAAAGAGUGCCUACAAAGAUGAAUAUGAGAUUUUUAAGCUAUAUGUGACUAUACUCCUGCUCCUAAUGGGGUUCGUCUGUCAGUUUUUAGUCACCUACAGAUUUGUCGAUGCACUGCUGAACUUCCUCUUGGUAUGGUACUACUGCACCUUAACAAUUCGUGAGAGCAUCCUUAUCAGCAACGGGUCCAGGAUUAAGGGCUGGUGGGUUUUCCAUCACUACAUCUCAACCUUUCUAUCUGGGGUCAUGUUGACUUGGCCUGAUGGUAAGCUGUAUCAAAUGUUCAGGAACCAGUUCCUUGCCUACUGCUUCUAUCAAAGCUUUGUGCAAUUCCUUCAGUACUACUAUCAAAGUGGAUGUCUUUAUAGACUGAAGGCUUUAGGGGAAAGACACAACAUGGAUUUGACAGUGGAAGGAUUUCAGUCGUGGAUGUGGAGAGGGUUGACCUUUCUCCUGCCCUUUCUAUUCUUUGGUCAUUUCUGGCAGCUUUUCAAUGGUAUCUCCCUGUUCAGAAUGGCUCAACUUCCUGCAUGUAAAGAGUGGCAGGUCUUGGUGUGUGGGAUUUGCUUUUUGGUUUUAUUUACAGGCAACUUCUUCACUACCCUUGCAGUGGUGCGUCACAAGCUGAAAAACAAGAGCCAUGGAAAAAGCAAGAGUUCAUAAACUUUAUUGACGUCCAUAAUUUAUAAUUUCCAUAAUUUACUGGAUUUUUUUUGACUACUUUUACACCAUUUUUGACUCAAGAAUAUUUUAAUGAUAUAUAAUAUGGAAACUUCAAAAUAAAAGCUCAUUAACUGGU